AGCAAACGGUUGUGCGCUCUCGUCCCACUGCCACCGAAAAAAAAGGUGUUAAAAUUGAAUUUGCAGAAGUUCAAGUCGAAAAUCGAACUCGCGGUACUUUGUUAAUAGUAGUGCUGAAUUGAAAUCACUAGAGCAAUCUCUGAGAAAUCAACUCUAAAAUACUUUGCAUUAGAAGUGCUAGUAAAGUGAAUAGAAACAUCAUUCGGAAAGUAAACAACUAUCAUAUUGCAACUGGCAAACCUUUUCAAACCGGCAAGCAAAAUCGCGGUUCGGGAUUUCGGUUAUCCAAACUGCUCCUCUCGCGUCGUUCCUUACCGUUUUUUGGCACCUACGCGCGCUCUCUCGCUUCGCCAAAAAAUUGUACGCUCUCUCGCGAAAUACCGUUAGGCCCAACACCGCUGGGCAAGAAUAUAGCAGCGCCAGCGUCGCAUACACAUUGCCAUAAAUUGUGAUUAACCGCAGCGCAACCAAAAGCGACAGCAAGACGAAGAUUUUUAAUUAAAUUAAGAGUGAAAAAUACCAGCAGCCGCAACAACAGCAGCAAACGCAAACAAUCAGCACAGGCAAAUUAAAUAUUUAAAUAUUUGCACUCGGAAAAUUGUGCGGCAUUUUAAAUUAGGACUCCACGUCGCAUCGCUGGGCAUAUUAAAGUGACAUAUCCCACAUCCCCAAUACCGUGCUCUGCUCCAGUGAUCCCAAGCUCCCGCUUCCAAAACACAAGCAAAUGCCAUAGAUGGUGUGUGUGCCAAGCCAAAACAGCCAUAAAUAAAGCCAGCCAAAAGCAAAUAAACAAACGCAACGAAACGAACAAUCGGGCCAAAGUGCUUAGUCAGGCUAAAAGACCUAGAAAUCCGACAGGAACAAUAAUCCUUAAAUUUUCCCCGUCUGAGGCCACAUGCCCUUGUCGUCGCAUCGAUUCGAAUUAAAGCGGACGUCGGCCAAAACAAAUAGCUAUCAGCUAUAAAUUUACAAACGCCCCAGGAAAAUGCAUUGCAGCAAAACAAGCAAUUAAAGCAGUGCAGCCCCGCAACCACGAACCGAACCUGUAGUACUGUAUCCCAGUAUCCUGGUAGCGUCGUAUCCUGCCGCCGCCUGCUGUGCUAAAAACCUAUUUUGAAUAAUUAAAAUUCCGUAAGUGCUGCAGUCGAAGACGUCGACAAAGGCGAGUGCUUGUGCAAGUUCUGGAGCGAAGUGAAAGCAGAAGAAAUCGCAGGACAACGGCAAGGAGCUACCAUUGCUCGCAAAACACAAUCUGCGGCCUGCAAAUUCGUGUGCAGCAAUGAAAUAAUUAAUUCAAUGCACCUGACUAAGUCGCCGAACAGAAGUAGCAGCAGCAGUAGCAACAGCAGCAGCACCAGCAGCAGUAGAAUUGCUUACAAAUUCGAGUGCCACAGCAACAGCAAGCAGAACAGCAACACCGGCAAAAUGGCCGCAGAAGCGAGGACAAUUAGCCAGCCAGGACAUAUCCGCGAUCGCCGGGUGAGGAGUCUGCCCCACAUCCUGCUCCUGGCCAUCGCAGUGGUGUCCCUGCACUUCGAGAGCGUGUCCGGCCAGAGCAUGAUGACCAAGAACGAGCCCAUGUUCAUAUCACGUUCGGAGACAUUCAAAUUCAUCACCGGCGAGACAAUAGUGCUGCCCUGCGAAGUGGCCAACACGGACACGUACGUUGUGGCCUGGAAGCGUGGAAUUGCCAUAUUAACCGCCGGAUCCGUGAAAGUGACGCCCGAUCCCCGAGUGCGUUUGGUCAACGGAUUCAAUCUGCAGAUACGCGAUGCCCUGCCCACGGAUGCCGGUGAUUAUAUCUGCCAGAUUGCCACUAUGGAUCCACGUGAAAUCACCCACACGGUCGAGAUACUCGUGCCGCCGAGGAUUCAUCACAUUAGCACCGGCGGACAUUUGCAAGUCAAGAAGGGCUCGUCGGUGCGCAUCGAGUGCUCGGCCACGGGUAAUCCAAUGCCGAAUGUGACUUGGAGCCGCAAGAAUAAUAUUUUGCCCAACGGCGAGGAGAAGCUCCACUCGCACGUCCUCUCCAUCGAGAAUGUGGAUCGGCACAAGGGCGGCGUCUACAUAUGCACUGCCAACAAUCGCGUGGGCCAGCCCGCUUCCAGCCAGGUCGUGCUCCAUGUCCUGUUUUCGCCGGAAAUCUCCGUGGAGCGUCCUGUGGUCUUCUCGGGCGAAGGGCAUGAGGCAACGCUGGUCUGCAUCGUCCACGGCGAAACACAGCCUGAGGUAAUUUGGUUCAAAGACACCAUGCAAUUGGAUACCACGGAGCGGCACAUCAUGGAGACGCGCGGAUCCAGGCACACGCUGAUUAUACGCAAAGUGCAUCCGCAGGACUUUGGCAACUACUCCUGUGUGGCGGAAAAUCAGUUGGGAAAGGCACGCAAGACCCUCCAGUUGAGCGGAAAACCGAACGUGGCCGUUUUUAAUUCACCGCCAAUCAGUCAGUACAAGGACAGAUACAACAUCUCCUGGGCCGUCGACUCGCACUCGCCCAUCGAGGAGUACAAGCUGUCCUUCCGCAAGUUGCCGCAAGGACACGAGGUCGUUGGCAAUGCCAUCGACUCGCCCUCAUCCUCCUCAUCGAUGUCCUCCUCCUCCUCCUCCUCGUCGUCCCAGAUGUACGGCUCUGGGCUACAUGCGCAUCGGAUUGGCAGCAACAUGGGCGGACUGUCCGGAUUGUCCGGACUGUCUGGCAGCGGCAGCUACUCCGGCUACGGCAACAUGAUGCACUGGGGCCACAACGACUGGCGCAACGUCGUCCUGCCGGCAGUGCCCGUUUCGCACCACUACGCCCAGGGCAUGAGCUACAUGGUACGCGGCCUGGAUCCCGAUCAGCAUUACGAGGCCACCGUGCAGUCCAGGAAUCGAUACGGCUGGAGCGAUUUGACCAACAGCUUCGUCUUCUCCACAUCAUCAAAUGAUGGACCUGUCGAUCUGUCAACCUUUUUGAAUCACGGUCUGUCAGAUAACGAGAUGAGAGAUCUGAGCGUCACCUUCUACGGCAGCAGCGCCAUCAACCGACAGAAACUGGGCCUUCUGGCCCUGAGUUCCGCCACUUUGGCUCUGAGCCUUCUCGUGGCCUAAUUGCUUUUCAAUUCUAAUUCGACCUGAGUUACGAAUUUUCACCGCCAAUAGCACAGUAAAGCGAAUCGAUUGACAUUGAUCUGGGACAGCCGAAAGGAGAUUGGAUACCCAAGGAUACCAAAGGAUACCCAAGGAUAUCGCUGUCCUGCACAACACUCUAGUCGUUUAUAUAGGCAUAAGCAUUUCUCAUUGUUCGAUUCGAAUUUCUCAAGCAAGUUUUAGUGAAUUAAUCAAGAAACGCAAAACGGAACCAUACAUUACACAUGUAACAAUCAAUGUAAAAGAGCAUGCAACUGUUCAAACUAGGACCCAUAAAGCCCAUACAUUCACACUACACCCACAUUUGCCGACCAUUCCAGCACUCAAAAAUAAGAAAGAAAAAAAAAGAACCCACUGUACAUAGAUUUUAUUGCAUACUCCUAGGUAUAAACUGCACCAAAGAAGGAAGAAAGUCACUCGACGAGCGAAGAAACACAUUUAAACUAUAACUAGUAACGUAACGUACUCGAGUUUAAAGAGAUGGUGUGUGGAGUGGAGUACUUUGUAGCAUUAUGCGGAUAGUUCAUUUAAUUAAUCCAUAAAUGCAUAAACUAGUUAUCGGAUAUGGCACUGCCACUGCACGCCACACCACAUGCAUUUUAGUCAAAUUCAGAAUUCAGAACCCUAAAUAAUUUGCAACAUUCGAUUUGAGACGCAGUGCAUUUGAAUGGCUUACAGCAGACAGCAGAGAGAGUUUUCUAGCUUUUUGCAAUUUGUAUGUAUGUAGCGCUAAGUAGCUUAAUUGACCGCAUAAAUGCAAUUAAAUUAGUCAACAGACCUAUUGAUUUGGUAUGUAAAUUAAUCUACACACAAAAAUGGCAGCGCAUAGAAGCUUCCACAUGGCUAUUGGAUUACAAUUAGUGCGUAAGUGUAAAUAAAUAUGAUUGAUUGGGUGAAGCAGUGCUAUAGCUAAAUAAUACAGUGUAUCGCAAACAGUAAUAAUUAUAAAUAUAUAUAUAAAUUAAUUCCCGAACUUGCCGGGCUUAAUCUCGUACACCGAACAAUGGGUGUGGCCAAGGUUGUUUUAUGUAAAUAUAGUGCACCGCAGUCAUUCGAAAUCUCAUGAUAUACAUGUACUUACAGUUCGAUACUCGAUACUCGUAUUGUUGCUUCAGAACGCAAAUGGCACCUUUCUCGUUUGGUUUUCCGGCACCCUUGAAUUAUCCAUUUUGGCAAUCGAAAACCAAAGACCAGAAGAACAGAAGAACAGAAGACCAGGCAGAAAUUACAGCUUAGAUGCAGUCAUCUAAGUCGAAUGAGACACGUAUGAACUAGAAGUUAAGUGAAUAUUGUAAUGAGAUUAACGACAAUGAUGACGCCUACAUAUAAAUAAAUGUAUAGGAAAGUAAAAUUUAAUUAAUUAUAAAACUCAGCCACAUACAAGAUACGCAUUCAGCUUUUCUAGCAUUAAAUGAGGUGGUUAAAUAACCGAAUACAAACAAAAAAAAAAAACUUAGCAUAGAGCCAUAUGUGUAAUUACAAAGCGAAAAGUGAAUUACAGUGAAAUAUAAUUUGUGUUAAUGUAAAUGUAAAUGGAUGUGCAACAAGCGAUACAAUUAAUAUAACAAAACGCCACAGAUAAACGUUAAAUCCCCAAACUUCUCCCCACUUAUAAACUUCCCAAUUCCCCCAACCGAUUCCCACUCAAAAGUUGCUUUGGUCCGGCGACUGGAGCCCAUCGAUAAGUUAGCUAAAUGAUGAUGAUGAUGAUGAUUAGGAGGAGGAUGAUGAAGUCGGUACUCAGUAUAUAUAUACACCUGAUAUAGCAAUCGAGCCGUUACUUGUAUGUGUAAUUUACAGCUUAGUUAUAGUUAUCUGAUUUUGUUAAAUGCAACAAGAAAUACCAAAUCUACUUUAAAGUAAUUAUAAUGCUAACCCCACACCAGAACAUUUUCGGUAUUGAAUGUAUAUGUGACUAGAAACCGUAUGUGUAUGUAUAUUUGAUUAUUUUGUAAAAUUUUUCAAAAACUAUAAAUAAAGUCUAUA